AUGCAACCAAAUGAAUGGCAUAACAAGACUGUUGGGAUGAGCACAGACGGUGCUUCUGUCAUGAUUGGGAUUAGAAAUGGUGUAGUUACAAAGAUUAAAGCUGAUGUACCACACUUAAUUUCUGUACAUUGCGUUGCACAUCGAUUAGAACUUGGUAUAAAGGACAGUAUCAAGCAAGUUGCCUACCUGGCUAAGGUGGAAGACUUCCUUCUAUCCAUUUACAAGUUUUAUAGUAAUUCACCCCUCAACUGGCACAACUUGAAGGAAACUGGAACUGCUUUGAAUAUCAAGGUUCUGAAACCAGCCAAUGUUAAGGGAACAUGGUGGAUACCCCAUCACGCACAAGCAGCAAAAGCAAUCAAGCAGGAUUGGCCUUGUCUUCUGGCCCACCUAGACUCUGUGUCCAUUAAUGGCCAAUCAGCUGAUGCCAAAGCAAAAGCUACAGGCUUUGUGAGGCUCCUCAGGUCAUUUGAAUUUGUUUACUUUCUUCAUUUCUUUCUGGACCUUUGCCAGAUUCUGGCAAGAAUGUCUCUCAAGUUCCAGGCUAAUGACACUUCAGUGGAGAAUAUAACCACAUGUGUUGCAACAACUUUGUCUGGUGUUCGUGGCCUAGGUACAACACCAGGAAGUCAUGAAGCUGUAUUUUUGAGGGAAGUUGGAGAUGGAACUGUUUAUAAGGGACAGGAACUUGUAGGUGACAGAGAUAGUGCAAUACUGAAUGCCAGCCGUAACAAGCAGGCCGUACUCGACGCAAUUGCUGCUCAUCUUCAGCGUAGGUUUUCUUCAUUUGAAAAUGAGGACAUAUUUAAGAAUAUGUCCAUUUUUAAUUUUAAGAACUGGCCCUUAGGUUUAGAGGAGCUACAGGUCUAUGGCAAUGAACAGCUUUCAUCAGUAGUAGAUCAUUUUGAAGAACUGUUGAUAAGGAAUGAUUGUGACAUUGAUUCUGUUCCUUUGGAGUGGGUUUCAUUGAAGAUAUAUGUUUCUGGUUUGGUGGCAGCUGAACCAGCAGUUUAUUACUUAGACUUACGGCAAAGAGUUAUCAUACAAAAUGAGGAUAGAUUCAAGAAUAUCAUCCUGGUGCUUAUGAUCGUGCUGCUGAUUCCAAUCCACACUAGUGAAGUUGAGAGAGGUUUUUCUCUUAUGAACAGGGUAAAACAAGAUUGGCGGCGAAGGCUAACAACCCCCCACUUAAAUGAACUGAUGCGCAUUUCUCUUUUAGGUCCUGCAUGCAAUGAAUUUGAACCAAUGGAAGCUAUAAGGCUGUGGUGGCAAGGUGGGAGAAGAGCUAGAAGACCCCAAAUUCAGCCCAAUGGACCCAGAAGAAGACAGGCAAGAUGUGAACAUGAUCUGGAUGCUGGAGACAGCUCUGAUUCUGAAGAAGAACAGUAA